UGGGUACCCGACGACAUUGCCUCUUCUUCACAGCCUCACCUUACAUUCUCCGUGUCUUUCUCCCUUUCUGUUAUAAUGCUAGAAAAAGAGAGAUUCAAAUCCCCAUUUCUUUCGUUUUGGCUGGAGAUCGAUUGAGCAAUCGGUCUCCCAAGAAAAACAAAAACAAUAACCAGAAUGGCUUCCAAUUCGCUGUUCUAUUGUCUUUUUUGCUUCUUCCUUUUGACGGGUUUCGCCGCUUCUUCUUCUUAUAUUUCCAAUGGCGCAUUUGAAGAUGACAAACACUCUGGCCGCUCCCUACUUCAGGCCAAAAAGAAAUGCCCCGUAAACUUUGAAGGUAUGAAUUACACAAUUGUUACAAGCACGUGCAAAGGACCUCAAUACCCAGCCGAUAAAUGUUGUUCGGGUUUGAAGGAAUUUGCUUGCCCAUUCGCAGAUGAAGUAAGCGACAUGACAAAUGAUUGUGCUUCGACCAUGUUCAGCUACAUAAACCUCUACGGCAAAUACCCACCUGGCCUUUUUGCCAAUUUGUGCAAAGGAGAUGAUAAGGGUCUUAAAUGCAGCGAUGCAGAAACGGUGCAAAAGAAUUCAGUCAAAUCAAACAACGCUCACAUAGCAGCAACUCUGUCCAAACUGCUGAUGCUUGAGGCCGGCUUCCUGGCUUUAGUAUUCCAGCUGUUCUAGAAGAUGUAAUGAGGUUAAAUUUUUACGCAUGCAUCUCUCCCUAUUAUUCUUCCUCUCCUAUACGGCUCUACAAUGUUAAUCUUACGUGAUCUUUCAUCAUACUUUCUAUUGCAAGGUUCCUAUGCAUACAAUGUCAUAGUCUGGACUUGACU